AAAGAAUCACAGUACCGGUGGUUCUACUACUACGUUGUGUAUUUGUGAUUCGAGAUGCGGAGUUCGAAGCGCUGGAAUGUCGUGUGCACUUGUUGAUGUCUAGUGUAGUGUUUUGUGUCGAGAUUUGUGCCCCAAAAUAGGACUAAUUUUUCGAUUUAAAGGAAUACUGAAUGAACGUUCAAAUGAGAUAGCAAACGAGCAAAAUGCGGAAUCGCUGGUUUCGAGUGUGGGCCCUGCUGCUGACACUGUUUUUUUCUAGUCAAGAUAUAUUAGCUGCCCGUGAAUUGAAUACUUGUGAAAAAGGAUCAUGUCUACCGGGUACGGGUAAUCUAUUAAUAGGGCGUGAAAAUCGCUUAUGGGCUUCGUCGACUUGUGGACUUCGGAACCAAGAGAAAUUCUGUAUUGUUACCAGUUUAGAAGAUCAAAAAAAAUGUUUCUGGUGCGAUUCCCGUCCUACUAGCAAAGAUUACAGAUUUACUCAUAAGAUUGAAAAUGUCGUAUCUAAAACGUUCCCUAGUACAAAGAAACAAUCAUGGUGGCAGUCUCAAAAUGGUGUAGAAAACGUCACGAUUCAGUUAGAUCUCGAGGCUGAGUUUUACUUCACGUAUUUAUACAUGAGGUUUAAAACAUUCAGACCUGCAGCGUUGCUGGUGGAAAGAUCGUACGAUUAUGGUCAAACCUGGAAGGUGUACAGGUAUUUCGCCUCAGAUUGCGGCAAGUUUUUCAAGUACGUUCCUGAUACACCUCAGAAUAAUCUGACUGUUCCGUAUUGUGAUAUGCACUAUUCAUCUGUUACUCCUUUCACCAAUGGAGAGGUAAUUCUGAGAAUCCUGCCUUCAACCUUGGAUGAUAUCGAUCCUUACUCCGACGAUAUUCAGAAUUUAGUCAAAAUAACGAAUUUGAGAAUCAAUUUCACCAAGUUGCAUACGUUGGGUGAUGAUUUAUUGGAUAAUCGGGUCGAUAUUCAGGAAAAAUACUAUUACGCAAUUUGGGAAAUGGUAGUUGGUGGAUCGUGCUCGUGUUACGGACACGCUAAUCGUUGCGUUCCCCAAGAUGGAGUUGAAUCCAAGCCAAAUAUGGUACAUGGCAAAUGCGAAUGUACCCAUAACACGAAGGGAUUGAAUUGUGAGAAAUGUGAAGAUUUGUACAACGAUCUGGAGUGGGCUCCGGCUAUUGGGAAACAAACAAAUGCGUGUAAAAAAUGUAAUUGUAACGAACAUGCCACGAGUUGCCAUUUCGAUCACAAGAUAUUCGAGUCAACGGGCAGAGUUUCCGGCGGUAUGUGCGAUAAUUGCAUGCACAAUACGAUGGGCAAAAAUUGCGAACAAUGUAAACAUUUCUUCUACCAAGACCCUACCAAAGAGUUCAAUGACCCGGAGAUCUGCAUACCUUGCGACUGCGAUCCAGCUGGUUCGUUAGAUGACGGAAUCUGCGACUCGAGAACUGACCCUGCCAAUAACCUGGAAUCAGGUCGAUGCCACUGCAAAAGGAACGUCGAAGGGAGACGGUGCGAUACUUGCAAAAAUGGAUUCUGGAAUUUCACCGAGAACAAUCCCGAAGGAUGUCAGUCAUGUUCGUGCAACAUUCACGGAAUAAUUAGCCACGAUGGAUGCAACAAGAAUAACGGAGAGUGUUGGUGUAAACGAAAUGUCGAGGGACGUGAUUGUAAUCGGUGCAUUAGGGAGCAUUGGGGACUAGGAGAUACUCCAGAUGGUUGCCAACCUUGUGACUGCGAUAAAGGAGGAUCCCUGCAUAACGAAUGUGACAUGUUUACUGGACAGUGCCCGUGUCGUAACAAUAUCACUGGACGCAGAUGUGAUAUGCCAAAAGAACAGCAUUUUAUUCCUUCUUUGGAUUACAAUAUCAUCGAGGCUGAACUGAUUAAAUGCGCAGGAUCUUCGUGCACACUUGAUAUCCGACCUCAGAACCCACCCGGUCAAGAUACAACUUGGACUGGACCAGGAUUCGCUCGCGUGUAUCCACCUUCAACGUUAGAAUUCCCAGUUGAUAACGUCAGAGAGAAUUUGGACUAUAAUAUUAUCGUUCGAUAUGAACCAACGAGUCCUUAUAAUUGGGAUAGAGCUCGUGUGAUUCUCAUAAGACCUGAGGACGUUGAUCAGAACGGAUAUUGUGGCGGAGAUAAAUUACGACAAGGCGAUACUCGAGAUGUUUACCUGCUUGCGACUGAACUAUACGCCAAGGUCGAUCCACCUUUCUGCUUGGAAAAGGGUAAAAAUUACACUGUUCGAGUGGAUGUUUUUCGAACUGGUGAUCCUAAUGCAAAUGGGCCCACUGCCUAUAUUCAAAUAGACUCGAUUGUACUCGUUCCUCAUAUCGAAAGCAUACCAUUUAUGAAUAAAGCAGACCCAGCAGGAGAGCGAAGAUUAUACGAAUACAAAGCUAAUCGAUGCGAUGACUACGUGUAUCCAGUUGUGAAAACCAAUAUGUCUGAUAUUUGUCGAGGAUAUCAUUACAGUAUUGGCUCGUACGUUUAUGGAUCCGGAUAUCCUUGUAAAUGCGAUUCGACCGGAUCACAAAGUUCCAUAUGUUCUGACAUUGGAGGAUACUGCCCAUGUAAAUCGAAUGUAGUAGGACGUCAAUGCGAUAAAUGUGCUCCUGGUACUUAUGGAUUCGGUCCGGAAGGAUGUAAAGCCUGCGACUGUAAUAGUAUCGGAUCAUUGGAUAACUUCUGCGACGUGUACAGUGGUCAGUGUAAAUGUCGUCAGCAAACCUACGGUCGAAGUUGCGACCAGUGUCAACCAGGUUCGUGGAAUUACCCAAAUUGUCAAAAAUGUAUCUGUCACGGUCACGCAGAUAUUUGUGAGCCUCGAUCUGGAGCUUGUAUCGAAUGCAGGAAUUCCACCGAAGGACAUUACUGUGAUAAAUGUAAAGAAGGAUUCUAUGGAGAUCCUAGAAUCGGUAUCGAUAUCCCAUGUCGUCUGUGCCCUUGUCCAGGCACUGUUGAAACUGGUCACACGUACGCUCAACGUUGUGCUCUAGAUUCUAGAAAUCAGGACGUUAUUUGCGAUUGUGACACCGGAUACACUGGCUCAAAAUGUGAAAGAUGUGCCGAAAAUUACUACGGAAAUCCUGACAUAGUUGGAGGAAAAUGCCAAGCUUGUAAUUGCAGCAAUAACGUAGAUACCCUCAGACCGGGUAAUUGUGACCCGAAUACCGGAAAAUGUCUCCAAUGUUUAUACAACACCGAAGGAUUCAAUUGCGAAUUUUGUCGAGCUGGAUUCUUUGGAGAUGCUUUACAUCAACAGUGUGCCGAAUGCGUUUGUGACCUCCUUGGAACUGACAGGAAACAAGGCCCUUGCGAUAAAUUCACCGGCCAGUGUCCCUGUUUACCUAAUGUGACCGGAUUAAGGUGCGACGAAUGUAUCAAAAAUCAUUGGAAGAUCGCCAGCGGAGAAGGUUGCGAGGCUUGCGCCUGCGAUCCUAUUGGAUCAAAGUCUGAACAAUGUAACCAGUACGACGGGCAGUGCGAAUGUAAAGAUGGUUUCGGUGGCCGAAGAUGUGACCAGUGUCAAGCUAAUUUCUGGGGUAACCCGAAUGUCGAAUGCUAUCCUUGCAAUUGUAAUCCUGAAGGGGCAGCGACCAUGCAGUGUAAUCGAACAAACGGCCAUUGCGUUUGCGUCUUGGGCAUAGGUGGUGAUAAAUGUGAUCGAUGUGCUCGAGGAUUCUUGGGCGAAUCACCCAGAUGCAGUCCUUGUGGCGAAUGUUUCGAUAACUGGGAUCUGAUUUUGAAAGAUUUGAAAGAUCAAACCAAAAAGGUGAUCGAUAAAGCUGUAGAAAUCAUGAAAACUGGCGCCACUGGAUCGUACGUUAAGGAAUUUGAAACCAUGGAGAAGAAAUUGGCUGACGUUAAACUUCUGCUGCAGAAUACCACUGCUAGUCAUCUGCAGUUACAAGAAUUGGAUACUUUGAUUAACGAUAUCAGAGCUGGUAUAACACCUCCAGAGCUAAUGAACAACGUCAGCUCUCAAGCCGAAAACAUCACCCAGAGGAUUACUAUAUCUUUACUAGCUUUAGCCGACCUGCAAAAGAAAGCUGAUAAUUUAAAUGUAACCACCCAAGGUCUGAAAGAAAACGCCACUAAAUUACAAGAAGGAAACGUCGAAGGUGCCUUGAACUUGACCAAACAAGCCUACAAUAAGACAUUGGCAGUCAAACAGAAAAACGCUCAAACCGAAGUAACAGUCAGCAAUGCUGAUAAAUCAUGCCAAAGGACUGACGGAGUAAUCCGUAAACAUAAUUUACAAUACAGCGGUAUUUUAGACGACGAUGAGAAAAAAUUGGUCGAACUCACGAAAAAUGUCAACGAUUUGGAAUCACUAAUACCAGAUUUGAAUCUAAAGGUUUGCGACAAAGGAGGUAAUCCUUGCGAUAAUGUGUGUGGUGGAGCAGGCUGCGGUAGUUGCGGAGGUCUUUCGUGUGAAAAUGGAUCUCUGACGAAAGCUGAAAAUACAGUGAAAUUUUCUCAAGACGCAGCCAAACUGGUUCAAGAAAAAGAGGCCAAGGUUAAUGAACUCUACAGAUCGAUCAAUCAAGCUCGAGCCGAAGCUAAAAAUGCCUAUAGUUCUACUCAAGAUGCCCUGAAAAGUGCUGAAAUGGCUAAAAACGAAUCUGAAAUCGCUCGUAAUAAAACCCAGAUGGUGAUUAAAGAACUGCAAAAAUUUGUCAAUUCUUCAGGUACGACUUUGGCGAAUGUGAGAACAACAGCUGAAGAAACUAUGAACAAGACAAUCAAACUGCAGCCUGAAAAAAUAACCGAGUUGGCUCAGAAAAUCAACGAAACCGUAUCAUCUCUUACAAACAUAGAAGCAAUUAUAAAAGAAACCGAACAAGAUUUGAUUAGAGCCAGACUACACAAGCAACAAGCUGAGUUAGCCAAAAAUAAAGCCGAUACAAUUUUGAACACGACGGAAAAAGUAGUCACAGUUUUGUCGCAAGCUGAAGAAUCGCAGAAAAAAGCCGAAGCAGCGAUUGCAAGUGCUACUGAAAAUAUUGACACGGCUAGAAAAGAUUUAACUGAAAUCUCAAAUCAGAGUGCCAAAGCUCAACAAACCAUAAAUGAAACCGUCGAAGAGUUCUUAAAAUUGGAAGAAAGCUUCAAAACUCUGCAAACCGAGUUCUUGAAAAAUAAUGCCGAUGCUAUGACAGUCGAAGAUGAGUUAAAGGCGGUCAUCGCCGAUGUGGACGAUACGCAGAAGAAAUCUCAAAAUUUGACCGCAGAUUACAAGCAGAUUGCGGCCGAAUUGGAGAAGAAAGCGAUGAAUUCGACGGAUGCUCAUAAAAAUGCGCAAUUGUUACUGAACAGGGCUAGUCAGCUAUCGUUGAAUACGACGAAUAAGAUAAAGGAAUUGACUGAUUUUGAGGAGCAGUUUAAAAACCAUGACAAAGAAUUAGACAGCAUAACCAAUAAAAUUAAGGAACUGACGAAGAAAAUGCAAACUAAUUUCGACGAAAUUAAAGCCAAAUCAGAAAAUUACCAAGUGUGUCAGUAAACCUUUUUGGAAACAACGUGACGUGUAAAAAUUAUCUGUUUUAUGCUAGGACAUCACAACUGGCUCAUUGGCAUACAUUUUUUUUGGUAAAACACUGCCAUCAAAUUGAAAACUAACAAAAAAUGUUCCUAACCCAAUUAAAUGGGGCUGUUGGAAUUUUUACAAUUUUGAAGAAAAAAAAUCAUCUAAUCUAAGUCAGAGCAUAAGACAUUAUUUGUGUACUUCUAUGUCAAAAGGGCCCAUUCGGUCGGUGCCGAGAAGGGUAUAGAUUUUAUUUUUCAAAAAUCAAAAUAAGCUUCCAAUGUUCUCCGGUGGAUUCCAACAGUGUUUGAGUGUGAAGCUGUCCAUGAAAGCUUCACGUUCGCGCGCCAUUUAAAUCAAUUGGAGAACUUUGGAAGAUUGUACCGAUUUUUGAAAAAUAAAAUCUACACCCUUCUCGGCACCGACCAAAUGGGCCCUUUUGACGUAGAAGUACACAUUUGUGAUGUUAAAGGAACAAAAAAAAUGUAAGUACGUAGGUAAAUAUUAAUUUUAGUUUUUUUUUCUUUCUCUCCCAAUUAAUUUAUUUAUCUAAACCAAAUGUUUAAACAUGAUAAUUAUUUUUGUUAUAUUCACGUAAUUCUUCUUUAGUCAUAUUAGUGUUAAAAAUGUGUUUGUUCCUAUGUAUUCAUUUUGGAUUUUUGUCUAUAGGUAUGGAAGAUUGCUACAUUAGCCAUAAAUACCUAAUUGUUUUAAGUGCCAUAUUAUUACGUGUUUUUGUAUAAUAAAAUGUUAACUUUCGACCAAAUAUUAUGUAGAAGAGAAAUUUUUAUAUUUUCACGCCAAAUAAAUAACUUGUUCGGAAA